GCUCGUGCGCUGACAGAACCCGCAGUCAAAUGCGACUGAUUACAAUGUUGACGCCGGUCUAAAUUUUGCAUCACCUGAUUACCCCAAAAAGCAACAACUAGGAAUGUAAAAUAUAAACUGUACAUACAAUACUAUCUAGAGAUUAAUUAAACAACGUUAAUAAUUAUUGCUAAUAUAAAAUAAUCAAAUGGUGCAACAAUGUCGAAUAUUGAACUUAACAGUGGCAUUGGUGAUAGGACUAUCUAUUUACAACAUCCUGCUCACUGUAAAACUGCUUUCCAGGCAGGAGCACGAUUGCCCACUGCCUCAGCAACACUCAUCACAGUUUCAACACAUGCACUUUCAAGCAAAUCAGCCUGUGCAACCUGCAGUACUAGAAGAGCUUCCAGAAGUUGUGCAACAAGUCCAUCAGGAGCAAAUACAAAGGCCUCAAGUUCCACCAGAACAUAUGCAACCAUGUGUUGAUACUCAAAAUAAACUAAUUGAAGCAAAAAAUGAUGAAGAGCUUUUUGAAUCGUUAAAUUUAAAGCUUGGUCGAUGGGACAAUCGACUUCUGUACAAAUUCUACGAUAAUUUCCUCAUUGGAGAUAGUUUUACGGAUCUAAAUGAGAAAUUUUCAGUAUGCCUGGCGACGCAAAGCUCACUGGAUAAAUUAAGUUCGCUAGUAGAGGUGAGUCAAAUGUGGCACGGCGCCAUAUCAGCCGCAUUGUUUGCAGCUGGGGAGGAGGAGCUUAAUCUGCUGAUGUUGUACAUAAUUUAUUUGCGGCAAUGUUUUGACCACAUUAAACAACGUGUAAAUUUCCACUUGGCUUUGCCUAAGGAUCGAAUACCGGAUGGUGUACAUGUUGAUGUCGAAGAGUUAACUAAUAUGGACUGCAACACUCCAGAUAUAACACUAAAAAUGCUCACAAGUCGCAUGAGCAGUCAAACAACAAAAUGGCGGAUCAAGAAUCCGUACCCGCAGAACCAUCUACGAAACUUAGCACGCAAGAAUUGCGGUAGUAAACAUGUGUUUCUGACUGAUGUUGAUAUUAUUCCUAGUCAUGACUUUGUUGAGAAGUUGGAUACAUUGAAUAGCUAUAGGUGCACCAAGAAUUGCGCGUAUGUGAUCCCCACGUACGAACUGGACAAUAGGGUGAAGUUUCCUGCCAACAAAACGGAGCUAGUACGAUUGGCCAAUAAAGGAUUGGCAAGGCCGUUUCAUCAUAGAGUGUUUAUUUAUAAUCAAUAUGCGACGAAUUUUACUAAAUGGCAAAACAACACUCAAUCUGAUAUGAACGUUCAUGUUAGUCACAAAGUAACCAACUUCGAAUUUUUGUAUGAACCCUUUUAUGUGGCAGUUGAUACUGUUCCUCCACAUGAUGAACGAUUCAUUGGUUAUGGUUACACAAGAAAUACGCAAGUUUACGAAAUGUUUGUAGCCGAAUACGAAUUUUUGGUACUUUCUCCUAUAUUUACCGUUCACUGGGGGCUUCAAGUGAAACGCAGCCGCCCUCCAUGGCGAGAACAUCAAAACAAUCAGAACCGCAAGCUUUUCGACACUUUCAAGCGUGAAGUUUUUAUGCGAUACAAAAAAGAUCCGCUACACAUGAUAUCACCACUCAGGCCUGCUUAACUUUACUAUGUAUCGCCAAAAAUCUUUAUUUUCUACUUUGGAUGUCGAAAAAAUGAAAUAACUCUCGAAA